AUGAUAAUUUUUCGGAAAUCUUUCUUCUCCUUUUGGCUUUUGCUUAAUUCUGUCUUAGCUCUUGUUAUCACUCAAAACAGAGUUGAUCGGGGUACAAUUGACCUUAGCGUUGGAGAUAUCACCAUCAAUUCUGGAGCUUCUUGGUCAAUUAUCAACAACGCUAUCUCAACCUUUAUUGGAAGUUUAACUGUUCAACCCAAUGCUGGUCUCUACAUUACCCUGACUUCACCCCUUUUAUCACUUCAAGUUGCGUUAACUUCUUUGCUUAGCACAAUUCAAAACAAUGGUAUUAUUGUAUUUGAUUCCCUGCCUUCCUUAACUUCAUCGACAUAUAAUUUAGUUGGUUUGUCCCUUGUCAAUACUGGUGAGAUGUAUUUUUCUGCUUCUGGUAUUUUACCUAGUGUUAUGGAUCUUACUGCUGCAUCUUGGUCAAACAGUGGAUUGAUGGCAUUUUAUCAAAAUCAAAGAAGCACUGGGAUUGUCAGUCUUGGGACACCUUUAGGAUCCAUCACCAAUAACGGUCAAAUCUGUUUGAAUAACGAAGUUUACCAACAAACAACAAGUAUCGAUGGGUCUGGUUGUUUCACUGCCAAUGUCGAUUCGACAAUAUAUAUCGCCAACGUAUUGUUGCCAGUUUCCACGUCGCAAAAUUUUUAUUUGGCAGACAGCCAAUCUUCCAUCAUUGUCCAAGCCAUUUCAACUCCCCAAGUAUUUAAUGUUUAUGGGUUUGGUAAUAAUAACAAAGUUGGGGUUACCCUUCCAUUACUCGGAAAUAUAUUGAAUCCAGCGUAUAGUUAUAAUCCAUUCACAGGUAUCUUAAGAUUAAGAAACAUCUUGGUAUAUCAAGAUUUCAAUAUUGGUCCCGGCUACAAUCCCAACUUAUUUCUGAUUGUUACUGAUGAUGGUGCUGGUCUUCCUUCAACAUUGUUCGGUUCGGUUUCUUAUAGUGGUCCUGUUCCAGCACGAGCUUUACCCGCAUCUUGUAAGAUUGCUUGUAAACCUGUGCCUACGGCGCCAGGAACAAAACCAACCGAGUACACGACCACCAUAACAACAACAAAUUCCGCUGGUAAACUGUUAACAGAAACUGGUGUGGUUGAUAUUCUGACUGAUAGUAACGGAUCAUGGUUUUCAAGCACUACUAUUUUUCCAACUUCAUCGUCAAGUAGUAGUAGCAGUACCAAAAGCAGCAGUACUGUAUCAUCAACCACUCCAUCAUCCUCAAGUACCAAACCUUCAUCAAGCAGCCAACCAUCCUCCACUCCACCACCAUCUUCAAGUAGUAGAUCAUCAUCAACUAUUCCAAGUUCCAAUGGCCAAUCUUCUUCCACUACUCGAAGCUCAAGCAGUCAACUUUCCUCAACUGUACCAAGUAACAGUAAUCAGUCUUCUUUAACUGUCCCAUCUUCCAGUACUGGAUCUUCGUCUUCCCAAUCAACUAGUAGUCAGUCUUCAUCUACUAGUCCAAGUUCUAGUAAUCAGACUUCGUCUAGCUCAAGUAAGCAGUCUUCAUCUGCAGCUCCAUCAUCUUCGAUUGGUCCAUCUUCCAGUACUCGGUCUUCGUCUUCCCAGUCGGCAAGCGCCCAAUUUUCGUCCACUACUCCAAGUUCUAGUAACCAAACUUCAUCUACGGUUCCAUCUUCAAGUAGCCAGUCUUCGUCUACUGUCCCUAGUUCUAGUAGUCAAUUUUCUUCAACUAUUACAAAUUCAAAUACUCAGUCUUCGUCAAGUUUUCCACCUUCAGAUAGCCAGUCUUCAUCUACUGUUCCAAGCACCAAUAAUCAAUCAUCAUCAACUAUUCCAAGUUCAGGUGCACAGACUUCAUCUACAUUUGCAAGUUCUAGCGGCCAAUCUUUUACAAGUGUUCCGACUUCAAUUAAUGACUCAUUGUCCAGUGUUGAAAGUUCCAGUAGCGAUUUCUCCUCAUCAAAUUCACCUCCAAGUAGUCAAUCAUCAUCUACUACUUCUGCGGCUACUAGCUCAAGUAGCUCGGCAUCAUCAUUUGCUACGAGCUCAAGUGAACAACAGUCCUCAACUUAUCAGUUAACAAGUAGUCAAGAGUCUUCGGUCUCUCAGAAUCCAACUAGCAGUCUGACAUCUUUGGCUGAUUUAUCAUCCAGUAGUCAAGAUUCUUCAUUUGUACCACCAACAAGUAAUGAUGAUUCCUUAACUGUUUCAACUGCAUCAUUAUCGCUCAGUAGUUCAGACACUUCCUCAUAUGUUCCCUCCAUUAGUAUUACAUCGUCUACUGACAAUUCUGUAUCUACUAUUGAAUCAUCAUCAACAACAACCGAUUCAACAAUUUCUAGUACCACAUCUGAUAUCACUAGUGAAUUCACUACCACCUGGGAAGUCACCAACAGUGAUGGAUCAGUUUCCACUGAAUCUGGUAUUGUCAGCGAAUCUGGAACUUCAUUCACCACUAUUACUACUUUCCCACCUCCAACCUCAUCCAGUGCUGCUGCAGAUGCUACUACUGCAUUCACUACCACCUGGGAAGUCACCAACAGUGAUGGAUCAGUUUCCACUGAAUCUGGUAUUGUCAGCGAAUCUGGAACUUCAUUCACCACUAUUACUACGUUCCCGCCUCCAUCUACCUCAUCUGAUAUCACUACUGAAUUCACUACCACCUGGGAAGUCACCAACAGUGAUGGAUCAGUUUCCACUGAAUCUGGUAUUGUCAGCGAAUCUGGAACUUCGUUCACCACUAUUACUACGUUCCCACCUCCAACCUCAUCUAGUGUUGCUGCAGAUGCUACUAGUGAAUUCACUACCACCUGGGAAGUCACCAACAGUGAUGGAUCAGUUUCCACUGAAUCUGGUAUUGUCAGCGAAUCUGGAACUUCAUUCACCACUAUUACUACGUUCCCGCCUCCUUCUACCUCAUCUGAUAUCACUACUGAAUUCACUACCACCUGGGAAGUCACCAACAGUGAUGGAUCAGUUUCCACUGAAUCUGGUAUUGUCAGCGAAUCUGGAACUUCAUUCACCACUAUUACUACGUUCCCACCUCCAUCUACCUCAUCUGAUAUCACUACUGAAUUCACUACCACCUGGGAAGUCAUCAACAGUGAUGGAUCAGUUUCCACUGAAUCUGGUAUUGUCAGCGAAUCCGGAACUUCAUUCACUACUAUUACUACGUUCCCGCCUCCAUCUACCUCAUCUGAUAUCACUACUGAAUUCACUACCACCUGGGAAGUCACCAACAGUGAUGGAUCAGUUUCCACUGAAUCUGGUAUUGUCAGCGAAUCUGGAACUUCAUUCACCACUCUUACUACGUUCCCGCCUCCUUCUACCUCAUCUGAUAUCACUACUGAAUUCACUACCACCUGGGAAGUCACCAACAGUGAUGGAUCAGUUUCCACUGAAUCUGGUAUUGUCAGCGAAUCUGGAACUUCGUUCACCACUAUUACUACGUUCCCACCUCCAACCUCAUCUAGUGUUGCUGCAGAUGCUACUAGUGAAUUCACUACCACCUGGGAAGUCACCAACAGUGAUGGAUCAGUUUCCACUGAAUCUGGUAUUGUCAGCGAAUCUGGAACUUCAUUCACCACUAUUACUACGUUCCCGCCUCCAUCUACCUCAUCUGAUAUCACUACUGAAUUCACUACCACCUGGGAAGUCACCAACAGUGAUGGAUCAGUUUCCACUGAAUCUGGUAUUGUCAGCGAAUCUGGAACUUCGUUCACCACUAUUACUACGUUCCCACCUCCAACCUCAUCUAGUGUUGCUGCAGAUGCUACUAGUGAAUUCACUACCACCUGGGAAGUCACCAACAGUGAUGGAUCAGUUUCCACUGAAUCUGGUAUUGUCAGCGAAUCUGGAACUUCAUUCACCACUCUUACUACGUUCCCGCCUCCAACCUCAUCUAGUGUUGCUGCAGAUGCUACUAGUGAAUUCACUACCACCUGGGAAGUCACCAACAGUGAUGGAUCAGUUUCCACUGAAUCUGGUAUUGUCAGCGAAUCUGGAACUUCAUUCACCACUCUUACUACGUUCCCGCCUCCUUCUACCUCAUCUGAUAUCACUACUGAAUUCACUACCACCUGGGAAGUCACCAACAGUGAUGGAUCAGUUUCCACUGAAUCUGGUAUUGUCAGUGAAUCUGGAACUUCAUUCACCACUAUUACUACGUUCCCGCCUCCAUCUACCUCAUCUGAUAUCACUACUGAAUUCACUACCACCUGGGAAGUCAUCAACAGUGAUGGAUCAGUUUCCACUGAAUCUGGUAUUGUCAGCGAAUCCGGAACUUCAUUCACUACUAUUACUACGUUCCCGCCUCCAUCUACCUCAUCUGAUAUCACUACUGAAUUCACUACCACCUGGGAAGUCACCAACAGUGAUGGAUCAGUGUCCACUGAAUCUGGUAUUGUCAGUGAAUCUGGAACUUCAUUCACCACUAUUACUACGUUCCCGCCUCCAUCUACCUCAUCUGAUAUCACUACUGAAUUCACUACCACCUGGGAAGUCAUCAACAGUGAUGGAUCAGUUUCCACUGAAUCUGGUAUUGUCAGCGAAUCCGGAACUUCAUUCACCACUAUUACUACGUUCCCGCCUCCAUCUACCUCAUCUGAUAUCACUACUGAAUUCACUACCACCUGGGAAGUCACCAACAGUGAUGGAUCAGUGUCCACUGAAUCUGGUAUUGUCAGCGAAUCUGGAACUUCGUUCACUACUAUUACUACUUUUGAACCUCCUAUUGUUUGUAAGAGAGACGACAUUAUGUGCGCACGCCCAACAUCAUCAGAGAAUUGGGACAUCUCGUCAAUAAUGGCAACAAGUGUCACCACCGCCACUCAAACUGAGUUUACGACUACAUGGGUUGCCUCAAAAUCAGAUGGUUCCGUUUCCACUGAAUCUGGUAUUAUUAGUCAAUCGGGUACAUCUUUGACAACGGUAACAACGUUUUCCCCAAGCUUUUCUUCUGCUGUUACUCAAGCUGGGUUUACGUCAACAUGGGUUGCCUCAAACUCAGAUGGUUCAGUUGCUACUGAGUCUGGUAUCGUUAGUAAAUUGGGGACAUCAUUCACCACGUUAACAACAUUUGCUCCAACUUCUUCUGAUUCUAUUGAAACUGAGUAUACUUCAACAUGGGGAGUUACGAAUUCUGGUGGAUCGGUUUCCACGGAGUCUGGUGUUGUUAGCCAGUCUGGUACAUCUAUGACCACAAUAACAACAUUUACCCCAACUAUUUCAUCUGGUGGAGCUGAAACUAAGUAUACUUCAACAUGGGUGGCCACUAACUCAGAUGGAUCAGAGUCCACUAAGUUUGGUAUUAUCAGUCUAUCAGGUACAUUGUUGACUACAUUGGCAACUUCCCCAGAAAUAUCUGGUACAGUAUAUCCUGUGACCACUUUAUUCACCACAGAAUAUGUUACCACUUGCCCUAAUGGAGAAUUGUCCACUGCCACGGGUGUAGUUGUUGUUGGUACUGAUUCUAAAGGUAUUGAGCAAACUGUUACUUCAGCCAUUCCAUCCACUGUGUAUACUGAGGAAACAGUGACUUCUAUAGUUACUCUUUGCAUCAAGAAUAAGUGUUUUGAGAGUACCACAACUUUAAUAAGUUCAGUUCCUCGUCUGAUUCAAGGUUCAGCAGCAUUUACAUCUAAAGAUAAUGGCCAUGCAGUACCCGUUGCUAGUAUAGACGCCACUACCAGGGCUGCUUCUGUUUCUAAUAGUAUUAAUGGUUUAGGUUCUACUGGUUCUACUGGUGCUGGUAAUACAAUCACAAUUGCUACCAUUGUCACAACUGCUACUGGUACAGUAACUAGUCCUGUUGCUGUUCGAAGCUCCACUCAUUAUCCAAAUGUUGUAAGUUCUAUUGCUACAAGUUCCGGUUCGGGUUCUGGUUCCAGUUCUGGUUCUGGUUCUGGUUCAGGCUCGGGUCCUAAUAUUGUUGGUGUUAUUAAUCCCAAGGUUUCUUCUGGUGUUUCCAGUAGUCGAGGUGUUGCAGAUGUGACUGGUGUUACUAGUACUGUUGUAUCUACUGGUAUUUCUGGUGCUACUAUUGCGGCUACUUCUACCAGACCAUCAGGGUCAAAUUCUUCUACUACUUCUGGAAAGAAUGUACUGCCUCUGGGUGCAAACAAUGUUGGUUCUAAUCAAACACCAACUAUAAAUGGAGGCAAUAGUAAUCCAAGUAAAGUGACUGGUGCUAGUGGUUCUCCUUCAUAUGUUAGCAACAGUCUUUCGGUUUCAUUAGUCUCAAGUCAAACCGGAGCUAGGUCCAGUUCUACAGGAGUAACGAUUCCUAUUACUACAGAAAAUAGUGGAUCUAAAUUUUCAGUGGGUACAUCUGUGUUAAUUGCUGCAAUUUUAACAAUUUUCAUUGGAUUUAUUUAA